CACACACACACACACACACACACACACAAAACCAAAAACAACCAGACAGUCUUUGGAUAACAUUGAGUGUGUCCGUGUGUUUUUUCCUCCCUUAGUGUUUCAAUCCAGCUACUGGGACGCAACCAGUACCAUGGCCCGUCUACCCCCGCCCUUAGCCAUGGCCCUGAUGUUCCUGGGGGCCUCAGUGCUUGCCAUGACCCCGAAAAAGGAUGACGGAAGCCCCCCACCGGAUUGUACGCCCCCCCUUCCUCUGUACCUACGAUACCCACACACAUACCUCUACCACCUCAAACCGGAUGAAGCGCUCACCACAUUAAUUUCGCGUCCAUUCCCGAAGAUUGACGACGGGUUCUUCAGGCAGCGAUGGGCUCCCAAGGUCAAUCUCACGCCCCCGGUCAAUGAGACAGACGGGAAACGGACGAUUCAAUGGGAAGAAAGACCGGUCCAGAGAGGGUCCGAGGCCACCAAUAACGACACUUUUGGUUGGCGUCAUCACCCGGAGCCCGUCGUAGAGUUAACCGAGGAGCAGAAGCAAACCUACAUAGCCCUUGGAGUCCAGCAUCAGCUUGGGGUGGAGGAGCUGAACUCUAAGCAUGUGGAACUGAACAUCAAGCUACCCGUGGAUGCUCCGUCUACGAUCCACCAGAACAAUUUCACUUAUACGCUACCGAGGUCGUCGGAUGAGGGCAAAGUGGGGACUAUCCUGGGCUUUGCUACUAAGGAGAUGAAGUCCUCGCUCCUGAUAUCCAAGUUCAAGGUGAUUGAGCUUCAGCUGAUUGAAGAGAAGAAGAUCUGCGCCCAGCUCGGCAAUGUCCCAGAGUCCAUUACCUGCGAUCCGAACUCAAAAUACAGGAGGCUGGACGGACGAUGCAACAACCUCUUCCAUAGCAGUUUCGGCGCCUCCUUCAUCCCCUUCAGGAGACUGCUGCCCCCGGAGUAUGGUGAUGGCGUGUCUUCCCCCCGGUUGGCUACGGACGGGUCGGAUCUCCCCAAUGUACGAAGGGUCAGUCUGGCUCACAAGAAUUUCUCCCAGCGGAUGAGUUCCUGCUUCAGUGUGUUCCAGAUGUGUUUCGGGCAGUUUAUCGACCAUGACCUGACCGCAACGCCCACAGUGAAGGGCCAGAACGGUAGCCCCAUCACGUGCUGCGACGAGCGAGUGCUACAGGACCCGAGCUUAAGACACCCCGAGUGCUUCCCGAUCACCCUUCCCAGCGACGACCCAUUCUACUCUGUGUACGGCCACACCUGCAUGGAAUUCGUGAGGUCCAUUCCAGCGGGGCGGUGUCACUUCGGCCCCAGGGAGCAGAUCAACCAGCUCACAGCCUUUUUAGACGGGUCCGCCCUCUAUGGGAGUACAAGAGAACAGGUUGAUGCGCUUAGGGAAUUCAAAGGGGGACUUCUAAAAAUGCAAGUGACCAAGGAAGGAUUCGAACUGUUGCCUAUCACUAAGGGUGAGGAAGACGCUUGUAAUGAUAGGAAGGAGAACAGCCAAGGACGAUUCUGCUUUCAUUCUGGGACGCCAGGUAUCACCUACAAUGAGUUCCUGUCUGGUGUUCUAGGUCCGCUACUCGUCAAAGAGCUGGAACUUAGUCCACUGAAGGGGCGCUCGUUCUUUACUGGUUAUGAUGACACGGUUGAUCCCGGAGUGGCCAGCGAGUUCUCUACAGCCGCCUUCCGCUUUGGACAUAGCAUGAUACCUCCUCACUUUUACCAGAAGGACAACAGCGGGAAAUAUUCAGCCCAGGAAAUCAACGACAUCAUCUUCCACCCAUUCCACAUGUAUGAUAACGAUGGGAUGAACUCUGUCCUGCACGGUGCCCUGGCCCAGAGCAUCGGCGCGGUGGACAACGCCUUCACCAGCCAGAUCACAGGCAAGCUCUUCCAGAGAAAAAAGCAACUGGGUUUGGAUUUGGUGGCCCUGAACUUGCAGAGGGGGAGGGACCAUGGGCUGGGCGGCUACAUCAAAGCGAGACAGGCAUGUGGGUUCCCUGCUGUCAAGAGCUUCGAUGACCUACGGGAUAUUUUCAAUGCUGAAACUCUGGCGAUGAUUAGGACACUGUAUAGAAGCGUUGAUGAUAUUGAGCUGUUUGUUGGAGGAUUGAGCGAAAAACCUCUCCCCGGGGGUUUGGUGGGAGCUACUCUGGGCUGCAUCAUCGCUGACCAGUUCUCACGAGCCAAAAUCGGGGAUAGAUUUUGGUAUGAGAAUGAAGGACAGCCCGGAAGCUUCACUGCAGAUCAACUCCAAGUCCUCCACAAUGUCUCCGCCGCCCGACUGAUCUGUGACAACUUCCCUGAGGUCCAAUCUCUCCAACGUUGGCCCCUACAGCUUAUCGGAGCACAUAACCCUUCCCUUCCCUGUGAUUCCGCCUGCAUCCCUGAAUUUGACCUUAGCCCUUGGAAGUGAUUUGAUCCCCUGACCCUUUUUCUUGGCUGUAAGGUCCACUUCUACCCCCCCCCCCUCCCUUAAAGACCUUCACCUCCCUUAAAUACGUCACCCAACCCUUUAAAUUCGUCACCCCUCUCCUUAACUUCUUCACCCCCCUUAAAAAUUCGUCACCCCCUUAAAUCCUUCACUCCCUCCCCUUAAAUUCUUCACCCACACCUUAAAAUUCGUCACCCCUCCCCUUAACUUCUUCACCCCCCUUAAAAUUUUCAACCCACUCCCCCCUUAAACUCCUCACUCCCUCCCCUUAAAAUUCUUGACUCCCUCUCCUUAAAAUUCUUGACCCCUUUCCUCUUUCUUUGUUUCUUCCUCUCUUCCUUUUCCUCCUCUUUCUCUUUCUCUCUCUCUCCCUCUCCUUCCCUCCCUCUCUCUCUUCCUCUGCCUUUUUUCAAUUUGAUUUUAACUCUUUUUUUAUUUUAAUUUCGUUUUGUUUUCUUAUUUUUUCUUAAUUUUUCAUUUGUUUUAUUUUUUAGACUUGACAAUUACUGGU